AGUAUGUUGAGUGUGCUGGGACUGUGAGUCUAUCCUUCCUGAUGCAGCGGCUGCGCAGGGCAGAACUGGAGACAAGAAGUGUGACUAACGGUGCUCAGCUCCUUCGCUAUUAUGGCCGUUCCCUUCGGUCUAUCGACGACUAUGUACAUCACCCUCACCGACGGCCAAUCGGUCACCAUUCUCUGGGGCUGGUGCCUUGUCUCCCUCAUCUCGCUCUGCAUCGCGGCCUCGCUGGCCGAAAUCUGCGCCGUGUAUCCCACCGCGGGCGGCGUGUACUACUGGUCCGCAAUGCUGUCGACGCGCGAAUGGGCGCCCAUCACCUCGUGGGUGACAGGCUGGCUGACCCUGGUCGGUAACUGGACGGUCACGCUGAGCAUCAAUUUCAGCGGCGGGCAGCUGAUUCUCAGCGCUAUCACGCUGUGGAACGAAGACUUUGUGCCCAACCAGUGGCAGACGGUGCUUAUGUUCUGGGCUGUUAUGUUGAUCUGUAUGGCGGUUAAUGUGUUCGCGGCGAAGUAUCUCGAUCUUAUUAACAAGAUCUGUAUUUACUGGACCGCGAGCAGUGUAAUUAUCAUUAUGAUUACGCUGUUGACUAUGGCGGAUGUCAAGCGCGAUGCGGACUUUGUGUUCACGCACUACGAUGCGAGUGCAAGUGGCUGGCCAGCUGGGUGGGCGUUCUUCGUCGGGCUGUUGCAGGGCGCGUACGUGCUUACUGGAUACGGCAUGGUGGCAUCGAUGUGCGAGGAAGUGCAGAACCCCGAGCGCGAAGUUCCCAAGGCCAUCGUCCUCUCCGUUGCCGCCGCUGGCGUGACCGGUGUGAUUUAUCUCAUCCCGAUCCUCUUCGUCUUGCCCGACGUACAGCUCCUUCUUGAAGUCGCCAACGGACAGCCGAUCGGUCUCCUUUUCAAGACUGUCACCGGCUCAGCUGCUGGAGGUUUCGGACUGCUCUUCCUGAUCCUGGGCAUCUUGUUCUUUGCCGGAAUCGGCGCGCUCACGGCGGCGUCGAGGUGCACAUACGCCUUCGCUCGCGACGGCGCAAUUCCUGGAUCCAGGCUGUGGAAGAGGGUUUCGAAGAGAUACGACAUACCGCUCGCCGCGCUCGGGCUGUCCACCGGCGUCGACUGCCUGCUUGGGCUCAUCUUCUUCGGCUCAUCUGCGGCAUUCAACUCGUUCACCGGCGUCGCCACAAUCUGUCUUUCUGCUAGCUACGGCAUGCCGAUCCUGAUUUCUGUCAUCCGUGGUCGCCAGGCGGUCAAGAACUCGUCGUUCUCGCUCGGCCGCUUUGGGUAUGCAAUCAACGUUGCCAUGGUCGUUUGGAUCUGCCUUGCUCUGGUGCUGUUCUGCAUGCCUGUCAGUCUGCCAGUCGCGGCGGAGACGAUGAACUACGCCAGUGUGGUGUUUGCUGGAUUUGCGCUUAUCAGUUUGGUCUGGUACCUGAUUCGAGGAAGGAAAGACUUCACAGGCCCACCGGUGCCGCAGGAUGUUGCUCCUGGCGAGGAGAUUGCUGUUGCUGGUUUGGCAGUGACGGACAGUCAGCAUGAGAGAAACGGAGACGUAGAGGCCAAAGGCGAGAAGCUGUAGGUUUUUGUAAUAUGCGAGGUGCCAAAUAGUUUUAAUUAACGUCGUUAACACCAUUAAUCCAACUUGUCGAGCAUUUCGUGCUGAAUCUUGACUAUAUUUAG